AUGAUAUCUUUCUCAUCCACAGCUAUCUGUUGUCUAGAGCCCAGGUUCGCAUCUCUACCUUUGCUCAACCAACCUGCCCAAGUCUUCACAGUUCUUCUGAUAUACCUAAGCCUUCUGCUGAUACCGACCGCAUCUGUUAACCCCAACACAACAUUGGGCUGCCAUAUCCGACAGUUUGAGCAACACGUGACCAAACCCCCAAUGUACACCCGAGAGGGAGCUGUGGUCAGAUGUAGUGGACGGGUGGCGGUCAAUUCCUGUUGGGGUCGCUGUGAUUCUAGUGAGAUCGGAGACUACCAGAUGCCCUUUAGAAUCUCCAGCCACCCUGUGUGCACCUAUACGGCACGUAUCAACCGCGUAGUGAUUCUCACAGACUGCCCAGGGUAUCCAGACCCUACUGAGGUCGUCUUCGAUGCUGCAGGAUGCGAGUGCCGGCUGUGCAACUCUGAUUAUACCAGCUGUGAGAAUCUAACGGCUGACGCAUCCCCUUGCCUGCCGGCACUGUCUGUUUUGUCAUAUAUACAAAUACAGCGUUUGCACUUGUUUUGUUAA